AUGAGAGUAACCCCCCUGUGGAUACUAAGCUUCCUCUUUGCCCUCGCGUUGGCACACGCCCUUGAAAAUGAAGUUAAGCAAGAAAUCGCAGUCAUCCACAAGAACGUCGUGAAGAAGGUGCCGCUGAAAAAGUGGGGCGACUUGGUGAAUGACUCCAUCAGUGUGAUAAUCGAAGCGAACAGUUUAAAAAACAAAAAACUACAGGAGCAAGAUUUGGUCAUUUGGAACAAUGGCAAGCGCAUGAAUGAGAAAUAUUUUAAUUCGGAUCACUUCCGAAGGGGAAACAAAAAUGUGUACGUCUUUCUGUCUGGCCAGAUCGCCGGGGCAAACUGCUUCACCGCGGAGAACAUUUACAACACCCUGGCGGACCAAGUCACCAAGUACACAGGGGUUAUAAAAAAAUAUCUGCACCUGGAUGACAACGCCAGCGAGGAAUGGACCUCCAUGAAGGAGCUCCUGUUACUCUUAAUGAAAUCGAAGGACCUGAGGGACCUGGUCGUUGGCAUCAAAACGGACGAGCAUAUCGAAGCUGUGAGGCAGAAGAUCCUGGAGCUGACGCAGAAGAAUAAAAACUACCAAAUCUUUUUUGACAUUCUGAGGGAGCACAAAAUUGUCUACAACAUCCUCAACAGCAAGGACAAGUGGAAGACCUUCGUCAAGGAGAACCUCGCCAAUUUGAAGAAGCUGCUGGAGCCCUACUACGCCAAUGUGCGCGCGGACGACUUGUGAGGUGGGCACACCACAGGGAUGGCCACAGGGAUGGCGCCUACGACGGUUGCUGAGAUAGUUGCUGAGGUGGUUGCCCAGAUGGACUCUUCGACAUACGCUGCAAUAUAUGCCGCGAAAGCAGCUGCGUGGUGAUCGUAACCGUGGUGGCGCGCGCUCCGCACCUCGCAGGCGAUACUCCGCAGAGUACCCCGCAAAAUACCCCGCUGAAUACCCCGCGCAGUGCUCAGCGCACCCGAACCGCAACUGCUUUUUUAAUUUGUAUACUCCGAAACAUUUUGAACAACUUAAACGUAGG